AUGACUUCCGCCGCUAAACCUACUACUGCGAACAUGACUUUCGCCACCAAACCCCCUACCGCCGAGAACGGCAUAAACGGCGUGGGCGCGCUGUCCGUCAAGCAAAUCCUCUCGGCUCUCGACGGCGUCACCCUCGAGACCUGCGACGGCAGCGAGGAGGCGCGCUACCAGCUCCUUGAGGCGUCUCGGCGCCUGAUCGCCCGGCUCGAGACGCCGUUCGAGCGCAUGUGGUACCACACCUGGGUGGCAUUCAACAACCUGGCCAUCUUCCGUAUCAUGACGGAUCUCGGGCUGUGGGAGGGGUGGCGGGCCGCGGGAAGCAAGGAGGCGACGCUGGACGAGCUUCUGGGAUAUUGCAAGCGGGAUUGCGAUAAGAGUCUCUUCCGCCGACUGCUCCGUCAUCUCACGGCCGACCACAUGCUCCAAGAGACCGGCGUGGACCGGUAUAAGCCCACGCGCUUGACCAUUGAGAUCGGCGACUCCUCCACGCCCACUGCUGCAGCCAUCCGCGGAGCGAUCGAUCACCAAAUCCCCUCCACUACGCACUUCCCCUCGUUCCUCGCCUCCACCGACUACGCCGAGCCACGGGACCACGACGCCACCAACUACGUCUCCCUCGACCCGGACAACCUCGGCCUGUUCGCGCGGUGCCAGGCCACCCCGUCCAAGCAGGAGUCCUUCAUCACCUGCAUGCAGGGCGUGGCGGCCAUGAAGACGCCGUGGACGCGCAUUUACGACACGCGCGAGCUGCUGACGGGGCGGAAACAGGGAGCCCCGCUGGUGGUGGACGUGGGCGGAGGGCAUGGGCGGGAUCUGGCGCGGGUGCUGGAGGCCUACCCGGACCCGGAGGAGGGGGACCUUGUGCUGCAGGAUCUGCCCGAGGUGAUCCGGAUCGCGAAGCCGGACGAGAAGGGGAGGAUCAAGUGCAUGGAGCAUGACUUCUUCGAGAAGCAGCCCGUGACGGGUGCGCGCGCUUACUACAUGCACACCGUCCUGCACGACUGGGACGACGAGCGGUGCCGGCAGAUCCUGCGCAGCACGGCGGGCGCCAUGACGCCGGGCUACUCGAAGCUGCUGCUGCACGAGACCAUGAUGCCGGCGCGGGGCGCCAACUGGUACCACGCCAUGGUCGACGUGUGCAUCAUGCACCUGGUGUCGGCGGCGGAGCGGACGGAGGAGCAGUGGCGGGCGCUGCUGGCGUCGGAGGGGUUCCGCAUCGUCAAGAUCUGGCACUCGAACCCGAGCGUCGAGUGCGUCAUUGAGGCCGAGUUGGCCGAGUGA